ACAGGAAAACUGUUUUCUGUCUGAAAGUGACAGAUAAAAAGAGAAAUAGUGUGAACUAGAUCCCUUUCUCAGCUGGAAGUUAAAAGGCAGACACAGAGACCAGAUUCCCUUCAAAGAGCAAACGAGGACCCAGCAUAACAGAACGCAGGAAAGAAAUGGAUAAUGAGAAAGCAGAAGUCAGUGAACACAAAGGAAUUAUUGCAAAUAUUUUAGCUCUUGGGAGUUGGCCCAUGCAGCUGUGCAAGAAUAAGAUCCAAACCCUAAAUCCUUUUGACCAAAUCCAGGAAGAAAAUGGAGGACCCAGCAUAACAGAAAGCAGUAAAGAAAUGGAGCAUGUUAAUGCAGAAAAAAGUCUACCCUUCAGGAUUUUUGCACUCUUGAACUUCCUGCCACAAACAAUGUUCAUGUUGCGAGACAAAGUCCUGCUGAGGAAUGAUAAUGAGAAAGCAGAAGUCAGUGAACACAAAGGAAUUAUUGCAAAUAUUUUAGCUCUUGGGAGUCUGCCCAUGCAGCUGUGCAAGAAGUUGAUCCAAACCGUAAAUCCUUUUGAACGUGGGAAGAAAGAAGACAGUCAUCCCGAAGGAAUUAUUGCUAUGAUUUCUGAACUCAUCCAAACAUUGAAGAAGACCAUACAAACCCUAAGGGACCUGAACAAGUUCCAGUUAGAGAAUGAAAAUGGGAAGAAAAAAGACAGCCAGCCCAAAGGAAUUUCUGCUAUGAUUUCUGAACUCAUCCAAACAUUGAAGAAGACCAUACAAACCCUAAUGGACCUGAAAGAGCUUCAGAAAGAGAAUGACCAACUCCGGAAUGAACUUGAAUGCAGCAGGGCUCGCAAUAAAUCAGAUGACAUCACUCUUGAUGCAGGAACAGCCCACCCCAACCUCUGCAUUGCUGGGGAUAAGAAGAGUUUGAAACAUGAAGCCCAACCUCAGAAAGUUCCACCACAUCCAGAGAGGUUCGAUUCGACUGUCUGUGUGUUGGGCUCUGAAGGAUUUGCCUCUGGAAAGCACUACUGGGAGGUGGAUGUUGGGAGCAGCACUUACUGGGACCUGGGGGUGGCCAGAAAAUCCAUAGAGAGAAAAGGGAAACUUUCUUUGUCCCCUAAACAGGGAUUCUGGGCUCUGAGUCUGAAUGGGGGAGAUUAUUGGGCAAAAACAGAUCCAUGGACCCGGAUCAUGGUGCAGAAAAAGCCCAAGAAAAUUGGAGUUUACCUUGAUUACCAAGAUAGGCAGGUGACCUUUUUCAGUGUAACUGACAUGUCUGUGUUGUUCACAUUUAAUGACUGUUCAUUCUCAGAAGAGGUUUAUCCCUUCUUUAAAAAUUCCCACAAAGAGACAACAAUGAGAAUUUCUUCAAUUAAAGAAGAGGAAUAAAUUUAAAAUGGCUGUGAGGCUCCGUGUUGUUGACUAAACUAAGCCAAAGCCCCUUGAUGUGUCAUGGCACUGUUGACCAAACUGAACCAAAGUAACAGAAUGCUUUUCAGUCAAAAGAAAGGUGAUCUGAAAAACCAUUGGCUAUGAAAUUAUAGUUACAUACAUUGCUAAUGCUGCAGGGGUGGUGGCUCCCCAUAUAAGGAAUGGGACUGCACCGGAAUCUGUAAAACUGAGCUCUCACAAACAGAGCUAUUAACUAGAAAUGUAAUUUAUUUUCAUUGCUAACUACUAGUUUAUCUGGACAAGGUAUAUUAGCAGCUAAAAGUAAGGAAAUAAUAUCCUAUAUUAUACUAAUGAGUCUGUGCUAAAUUGUAUAACCAGUCUUUGAGUCAGGUAUAAAUACAAAUGGGGUAAUCACACAAUCUUGAGAAAUAUUGACCAGCUGCUCUGCUGUCUUCAGGAUUGGUUGGUAGCAUAUUGACUUUUCCAUUCUGUAUUAUGCUGUGUUAAUUUUUGCUUAAUAUUUUUCAUUAAUAAAAGUUGAUUGAUUGAGCCUA